AUGGGGGACUUUGAUCCAGGAUUUGUACGUACGCUUGCGGUACAAUCGUGGAGUAUGUAUGGUGUGGGAAUGUUUUUGAUACUCCUUAGAAUAUAUGCGAGGAUACAUCGACUUGGCUUCAAGAGUUUGCAGUUGGAUGAUUAUGGGAUGGUUUUGGCAGGUUGCUUCUACACUAUUUUGAUAGUAUGCCUCAAUGUUAUUUGUGGAGGCGGUGGAAGCAACCUUUACCCACCUGAAGACUUCGAAAGCUUUACACCACAGAACAUCCAAGAUCGUAUUCACGGGUCAAAGAUUGUUGUAGUUUCUGAACAGGCCAUGCUCAACGUCAUAUACACCGCCAAAGCCUGCGUCCUCGUCAUGUACACCCGUCUAACCCUCAACCUCGCAACCCAACGCCUCGUAACCCACCUCGCGAUCUACGUUUUCCUCGGCUGGCUGGGCACCGAAAUAGCAUUCUUCUCAACCUGUCGACCCUUCUCCGGAUACUGGGCCAUGCCACCUCCCAGCCCUCAAUGUGCAACCUUAGAACACUACGCCAUAAUCCAAGGCUCCUUCAACAUCACCUCCGACAUCCUGAUGCUGUUCAUCCCUCUCCCACUCAUAACGCGUCUCAGCGUGCCCUGGCGCCAAAAGACCGUCCUCAUGGUCGUGUUCUCCAUGGGCACAUUCGUCAUCAUCGCCGCGGUCCUCACAAAGGUGUUUAAUCUAACGGAUAUCUGGGAUCCGAGUUACAUGCUCUGGUAUACCCGCGAAGCCUCAGUCGCGAUUUACGUGAGCAAUAUCCCGCUCAUCUGGCCGCUUGUGCGGGAACACAUACCAGCGUUAAAACGCUUCACGCCGGGCCAGAAAUCGUCGUCGAAGGAGAAUAUGUAUGCGCUUAACUCGCGGCUGACGCGUAGAGCGUCGGCUGGGUUGAAGGGGAAGGGGAUUCGUAUUAAUGAUUCGGAGAGCGAUGAUAAACCGAGGGUGACGACUACGAUUCAGGGGAAGGGGGAUAGUAGUGAGGAUCUUUCGAGUUUGGAGGGCAUGGAGGUUGAUGUCGAGAUGGGUGGGGAGAAGGGGUGGAAUCAGUUGACUGUUUUGGGGGAUGGUGGGAAUGGGAUUCAUAUGAGUACGACGGUGCAGAUUAGUGAGGAGGUUGUGGGACGGAGGGGCGUGCUUGUGCCGGAGCCGGUGUUGGUUAGAGGACGGGAGGAGGAGGGGGAUGGAGAGAGGAGGGGGGAGUUUACGUGGGAUUUUGCGAAAGUGAGAUGA